CCCAGCAGGUUGAGCAGCGACGCGCGGCGCUGCGAGUAGCUGCGAGUGGUCCGGGUACCGAGUGGCGCCUGUGGCGCCGGAGCCGAGUCAGUAGUGCUGGAGCUGCCUGGAGCCUGGAGCCCCAGCAGCGCUCUGGGUGUCACAGCGCGCCCGCUGGAGCAGCUGGCCCCGAGGCCGAUGACGCCGGCCUGACCACCGCGACGUCGGCCGCCACCCCGACGGACGUCCUCCCUCCCGACGACGGCGACCAUCCUGGCAGGCAGGGACCGGGACACGGGCGCAGGGCGCAGGCAGGACUCGGUGACAUUCCCUCGUGCGGCGGCGAGGAGCGUGGAGCUGGAGCCCUAGCUGGAACCACGGUGCGGCCAGCGCGCCAAGCGGGCGGCGUCCUCUCUUCUUCUUCGGUGAUUUGGAAAGUGAAGGGACGUUGGCCGGCGUGUCAGUUCGACGAGGACGAGGUGGACGAGGGCAGGGUGCCUUACUGCCUCGCUUGACAGGCGGCAAGCGGCGCCUGGAGGGUCUUCCGCGCGGAGCGGCGCGGCGCGGAGCCGAACUUUCCCUUUCCAGCCACCGGGACGGCCACGGCCACCUCCCCGCCGCCCGGUACCCGACCUACCGGCACCUCCGGCACACCGGCCGGCCGCCGCGCAGCGCCACGCCGUCCACCAUGGAGCAGCACAACAACCGGACGUCCAGCAACGGCAGCAACGGCCACUCGGCCCAGCGGAAUGGCGACCGAAACGGCGACCGAAACGGCACCAAGAGCGCCGCCAGUUAUGAAGCCUCACAGACUGAAAAAAGCGACAAGGCACAGGACGCGGAUGGGCCCAAGACAUUUCGGCGUGCUCUGCCACAGCUGCUGGCAUGUUCGGCUAAGAACAUGAUCCUGUUGAGCUACGGCAUGUCGCUGGGUUUCGUCACCAUCGCCAUCCCCGCCCUGGAGGCACAAGCGGGCAACGCGACGAACCAGACGGCCUCCGUCACCCUCUCCAAGCCCCAAAUAUCAUGGUUCGGCAGCAUCAACUGGAUCAUGGUGGCGGUGGGCGGCAUCGUGUCGGGGCCGUUCGCCACGCCCUGGGGCCGCCGGCCCGCCAUGAUCGCCGUCAACUUCUGCUUCGUGGUGGGCUACCUCGUCUUCUACAUGGCCGAGAGCGUCCCCGUGCUCUACCUGGCCCAGGCGGCGUGCGGCUUCGGCGGCGGCCUGCUCGAGGCCCCCGUCCUCACCUACAUCGCCGAGAUCGCCGAGCCCCACCUUCGCGGCGCCAUGUCGGCGUCCACCACGGCCGUGCUCAUCCUCGGCCUCUUCAUCGACUUCAGUCUGGGAUCCGUGCUCGACUGGCGCACAGUGGCGCUGGUCAACAUCAUCGCCCCGGUGGCGGCCGUCAUCUCGCUGUGCUUCGUCCCGGAGAGCCCCCACUGGCUGAUGGGGCAGGGCCGCGUCGAGGACGCCCGCCGCGCCCUGUGCUGGCUGCGGGGGUGGACCAAGCCCGAGGACGUGGCCACCGAGAUGUCUCUGUUGGAGCGCACGCUCAAUCAGACUGAAAAGAAGCCGUCCGCUCUGCCCACGCUGUCGCAGCUGCGGAAACGCACCUUCCUCAUCCCGUUCUCCCUCGUCGUGUACGCCUUCUUCAUCGGCCACUGGUCCGGGAUGACGCCCCUGCAGACGUUCGCGGUGAGCAUCUUCACCACCGUCGGCACGCCCAUCAACAAGUACUACGCCACGGUGCUCAUAGGCCUCGUGGAGCUGACGGGCACGGUGGCGUGCGUUGCGCUGGUGCACUACACGGGCAAGCGGCCGCUGGCACUCAUGUCGACGUUGGGCGCGGGCGUGUGCUUCGUGGUGGCCGCCACGUACGUGCACGUCGUCGGCGAGGCGCUGCCGGACUCGGACACCAGCGGGCCGUACGCGUGGCUCCCCAUGGCGGCGCUGGUCAUCUCGGCCUUCAUCUCGCACACCGGCAUCCGCAUCCUGCCGUGGAUGCUCAUCGGGGAGGUCUACACGCCCGACGUGAAGGGCUUCGCUAGCGGGGCGAGUGGCUGCGCGGGCUACGUCAUCGGCUUCUUCGCCAACAAGUCCUUCUUCUUCCUGCAAGAGCAGCUCACUCUGCCGGGCACCUUCUGGCUGUACGGCGCCGUCGCCCUCAGCGGCACCGUCAUCAUGUACUUCUACCUGCCGGAGACGGAGGGGCACGCCUUGCACGAGAUCCUGGAGCACUUCAACGGGGAGCGUGUCUUGCGCUCCAAGGGAGGAAAGAAGACUGACGGAGACUGCGAAAAGUGGGCAUCCGACAAUCGUGCCAUGGAUACUGUAUCUCCUGACCACGUCAGAUCCAGAUCGGAGUCCCGAUUAUGAUCCAUACGUCUUCAAUUCAUACAGUAAGCUCCCUUCCUUCACUAUGGAAUUGCCCACAUUCAUUCAUAUUUUCAAUCAAUCAAAUAAAUAUUAUUUUAUAGAACAUGUA